AUGCCACCAAACCACAUAAAAGACAAAGGUCUGUCAGACGCGUUGGUCCGUCUCCCAGACUGGGCCGAUGAAGAUUUCCUGCGCGUGUUCAACAGCGUUUCGUCGCCGGAAAAGGCAGACAAGCUGGACCACCCGAAGAAGCACAUCAUCAAGCGCGCUCUAGAGGGAUGGCUGACGGUCAUGGACGUCCUCGCCGAAUUCUACCCACUACCCAAGGCCCUCAUCCCGCUCUGGAUCCCCACCCACAGCUGGGUCUUGUUGAACUACAGGAUGAACGACAAAACCAAGACCCCAGCGGACCUUAUGGUGCUGGUGGACUUCGACCGCUCGAAAGAGAUCCUCACCAUCCACAACUUCACGCGCCUACACCUCGUCCUCCGCAACGCCCUCGUCCGCGCCAUCUACGAGCAAGUCAACCCGCUCUGCCUCAGCGACGUCUCGGGCAAGACGUGGCGCAUGUUCCGCGCCGGCAACCUGCCGCUCGUGCCCAACGGCGACGACACGCGCAACAUCGGCGGCCAGAAGUUCGAGGGCUGGACCGCGUUCCGCAUGGCCGACUUCGCCCUCUACUACAACGGGCCGUGCCAGAAUCCCCGGCACCCGGACUUGAUCGUCGAGAUCGGUACCCGCGACAAGGCGGCGGCGCUGGAGGAGCGCGCCAAGUGGCUCAUGAACAGCACUGAUGGGGAGACGAGGAUCGUGGUCGGCAUUGCGUAUGGCGAGGGGGAGUCGACGUGGACGAUUUCGGUCUGGAAGCUGGGCGAGAGGGGAAUCAAUGAAGGGCCUGUGGAGAAGAUUACGGAUAGGAACGGUCAUCCCGGCGUGGCUAUUCCCAUUCGCGACAUGAUCGCGUCGGAGGCGGUGGAGUGCAUUGAGCAGUCGACCUGCCCUAAGACGCGUGCUGUGUUGGACAAGAAGAUCGAGAUCACUUGGGCGGAUAUUGCGCAGUACGCUGACGUGACGGGUCUCAUCAAGGGGGAGGAACCUCCUCCCAAGAAGCCAGAGCAACAGGGAGGCGAGACUAAGGUUUAG